UUGACGUAAAUGUAAACUCCGCCCGCGCGGGCUGCUAUGUAAUCAGAACUUGUUGAACUAAACAUUUCCCGCGCGAUGUUGCAUUGUUCCGAGGUCAGUAACGCAAGAACAACAUCGUGUUAAGAUGGCAGGAAUGUUGGAUGUCCCAAAGCCCAGAAUAAACUGUUCUAUGCUGUCGCAGCACAUCAGCAGGGCGGUCUGCUUCGUUGGACGUGUCGAAAAGGUUCACCCAACUGGAAAAACGUUCAGUGUCUCGGAUGGAGAAGGAAAUAAUGCAACAGUUGAGCUGAACGAACCUGUGACAAGUGGACCCAGAGCAUGUCACCCAAAUGGUCCCCACAGCAUAACAAAGUCACUGGAUCGCUGCACUCUUUCCAGUCAUCAGAAGGGGGCAACUCAUCUGGUUGCAAAAGAAAUCCAAUAUGAACUCGAAGAAGAGCUGAGUGGUAUUGUGGAGGUCAUCGGUAUGGUGUCCAAUAAAGGAGCAAUAAUGGCCACCACAUACGACAUACUACGAGAGGACAAGGGCACUCCUUUUGAUUUAGAGCUGUAUAAUGAAGCUGUGAAGCUCAUCCAUGAUUUCCCUCAGCACUACCCUUUUGAGGUCGCUGCAAGUGGAUAAGGAUCACAGAAGAAGAUCGUGUUCAUUGCUUGGUUUCUGCCUGAGUAUUUUAUUCUGAGUAAAAAUUUCUUUGCAUAGAUGUUUGGCAAUAAAAUAUAAACAUAUGAAAAUAAA